UGCAAAGCCGCGGCGGGCGCGUUGGCGGGGCACAGGAGCCGGCCCCGGGGAGGGGCGGGGAGGGCAGAGAUUGAUGGCUCAUCACUUGAUUAGGCAGCCCUGCCUCUGCCCAGCUUGGCUCCGCGGCUGCACACACCCAGCCUCGGCGGCGGCGGCGGCUCCCCCGCGUGCAGCCCGCUCCCCCGCCAGCUCUCCCCGCCGCGAUGCGCCCCGCCGGGCAGCAGCGCUAGGCUCGUCCCCGCCAACUUCCUCUCCCCCCUUCUCCGUCCCUCGCCUCGCAGCCCCGGUGAAAAUGGCGAGGAGGGAGAUGGAUGCGGGCAGGCUCCGGGGGACCCUGGUGUCUCUGCUGCUGCUGCUGGCGGCGGCGCUGCCCGCCGGCGCGGCUCGCCCGCGGGUCCCCCUGCCCGGGGACGUGAACGGCUACAGCCUGCACCCGCCCUACUUCAACCUGGCCGAGAGCACCCGGAUCUCCGCCACCGCCACCUGCGGGGAAGAGCGCGGCGGCAGCCGGAGCCCCCGCGCCGUGGAGGAUCUGUACUGCAAGCUGGUCGGCGGGCCGGUGGCAGGAGGGGACCCCAACCAGACCAUCCAGGGGCAGUACUGUGACAUUUGCACAUCGAUGAACAGCAACAAGGCUCACCCCAUAACCAACGCCAUCGACGGAACAGAGCGCUGGUGGCAGAGUCCUCCCCUCUCUCGCGGGCUGGAGUUCAACCAGGUCAAUGUGACCUUGGACCUUGGACAGCUGUUCCACGUGGCAUACGUCCUGAUCAAAUUUGCCAAUUCCCCUCGUCCGGACCUCUGGGUGCUGGAGCGAUCUACUGACUUUGGACUUACCUAUGAGCCGUGGCAGUACUUUGCCUCUUCCAAGAGGGAUUGUAUCGAGAAGUUUGGUCCGAAUACCGUGGAACGUAUUACCAAGGAUGAUGACGCCAUCUGCACUACUGAAUAUUCCAGGAUUGUGCCUUUAGAAAACGGAGAGAUUGUCGUCUCGCUGGUAAACGGGCGCCCGGGAGCCAUGAACUUCUCGUAUUCACCUCUCCUGCGGAAUUUCACGAAAGCCACUAACAUCAGACUGCGCUUCCUGCAGACCAACACGCUGCUUGGGCACCUGAUGGGCAAAGCCCUAAGGGACCCGACCGUGACCAGGAGGUAUUACUACAGCAUCAAAGAUAUCAGCAUUGGAGGGCGCUGCGUCUGCCAUGGCCAUGCGGACAUCUGUGAUGCCAAGGACCCUACUGACCCCUAUAGGCUGCAGUGCGAUUGUCAGCACAACACCUGUGGCGGCUCAUGUGAUCGUUGCUGCCCGGGCUUCAACCAGUUACCUUGGAAACCAGCUACGACUGACAGCGCUAAUGAAUGCCAACCUUGCAAUUGCAAUGGUCAUGCCUACGACUGCUACUAUGAUCCAGAGGUCGAUCGCCACAAGGCCAGCAAAAAUUAUGACAACCAGUAUAAAGGGGGAGGUGUCUGCAUAGAAUGUCAGCAUCAUACCACUGGCAUCAACUGUGAGAGGUGCAUCCCUGGAUACUAUAAAUCCCCUGACCAUUCGAUAGACUCGCCCUACAUUUGUUACCGUUGUAACUGUGACUCGGAGUUCACCGAUGGCACCUGUGAAGACCUCACGGGUCGCUGUUACUGCAAGCCAAAUUACACCGGGGAGCUCUGCAGUGCAUGUGCAGAGGGAUACAGAGACUUCCCACACUGCUAUCCUGUUCCAACUUUCUCUCACAAUGAUACUGGAGAACAGGUGCUUCCGGCUGCACAGAUAAUAAACUGCGAUUGCAACGCCGCCGGGACGGAAGGGAAUGCCUGCCGCAAAGACUCGCAAAGGGGAAUGUGUGUGUGCAAACCCAACUUCCAGGGAGCUCAGUGCGAUCAAUGUGCGCCUGGGCACUACGGACCCGGCUGCCAGCCAUGCCAGUGUUCAGGCUCUGGCCAGUACGAUGGCACCUGUGACAGCGAGACCGGCCAAUGCCUGUGCCGAACUGGAUUCGAAGGGUAUUCGUGUAACCAGUGUGCACCCGGCUACUUCAGCUACCCUCUCUGCCAAUUGUGCGGGUGCAGUGCCGUGGGGACGCUGCCAGGAGGCUGUGACUCAGGCGGGAGAUGUUUCUGUAGGCCUGAGUUUGAUGGGCCUCGCUGUGAUCAGUGCAGCAUGGGAUAUCAUUCUUACCCUCGUUGCCAAGCUUGCUCCUGUGAUCCCCGGGGCUCGGUGGAUAACAACUGUAGCCCAGCUGGUCAGUGCCGGUGCCAUUCUAACUACGCCGGGCACACCUGUAGCCAGUGUGCACCAGGCUUCUAUGGGUACCCCAGCUGCACACCUUGCCAGUGCUCCACAGAGGGCUCUCUCCACGGCACAUGUGAUCAGGAAACUGGACAGUGCAGCUGUCGCCCCAAAGUGGCUGGACUGCGCUGUGACACCUGCAUGCCAGGGGCAUAUGGAUUUCCACAUUGCGAAGUGGGCUCCUGUAACCCAGCAGGGUUAGCAACUGCAGACCCUUCCCUGUCCCCGGGUUCCUGUGCAUGUCGGGCAUAUGUCGAAGGUCCAGCUUGUGACAGGUGCAAACCACUGUACUGGAACCUGACUCCAGAUAACCCGUAUGGAUGCACGAGCUGCCAGUGUGAUACCAAGGGCACCAUCAGUGGAGUUGCAGUGUGUCAGCAAGGCAAUGGGCAGUGUUUCUGCAAACCCAGCAUCUGCGGCCAGUUGUGCUCCACGUGUAAGGACGGAUACUUCAACCUGGACCAUGCAAAUUACUUUGGCUGCCAAGGCUGCCGGUGCGACGUUGGUGGGUCCAUCGGGCCGACGUGCGAGGCGAGGACCGGAGCCUGUCACUGCAGGCAGAACACGCAAGGCCCAACAUGCACCCUGCCUGCGAGGGACCAUUAUUUCCCUGACCUCCACCACCUGAAAUUCGAGUUGGAAGAGGGCACCACGCUAGAUGGCCGGGCUGUUCGCUUUGGCUACAACCCCCUGGAGUUUGAGAAUUUCAGCUGGAGAGGAUACGCUCAGAUGUCUCCCAUUCAGCCCAAGGUAGUGGUGACUCUCAAUGUGACCUCCCCUGACCUGUUCCGCAUCGUCUUCCGCUACGUCAACCGGGGGCCGGCCAAUGUGGAAGGGAGGGUCUCGGUCCUUGAGGAAGGAAAGUUUAAUGUUUGUGGCAACUGUACUGAGCAGACCAAGCAGAUCAUCUUCGCUCCCAGCACCGAACCGGCUUUUGUCACCGUCCCUCAGAACAGCUUCGGGGAGCCCUUUGUGCUGAACCCCAGCGUGUGGUCGCUGAUCGUUGAGGCAGAGGGCAUACUGCUGGACUAUCUGGUUUUGCUCCCCAGUUCGUACUAUGAAGCGCCCAUACUGCAGCUGAAGGUCACAGAAGCGUGUACCUACAGCCCAGCCCCUGAACGAGCCAGUCAGAACUGCCUCUUGUACAAGUACCUGUCUGUGGACAGCUUCCCCUCUGCGUCUGGAGGAGACAUGGUGUGCCGGCUGGACAACAGCUUACCCAGGCCCUGUCCCAUGGUGCCCAUCACCCCAUCACACCCGCAGAUGGCGCUGUGCCGCGGCAGUGACGUGGAGGUCCAGCUGCGGCUCACUGUUCCCCAGCCUGGGAGAUACGUGCUGCUGGUGGAGUACGCCAACAAGGAUGCAGUGCAGAGGGCCAGCGUAGCGAUGAGCUCCCUGCAGUUAGCCACCCAGCAGGGGUCAGUCACCUUCCACACAUGUGACUACAGUUUCCUUUGCCGUGGGAUGGUCUUAGAUUCACAGAAUCGCUUGGCAGCUUUUGAACUUACCACAGAGGGAACCCUUCGGUUCACAGCGGAUCAAGCCCACUUCUUCCUGUAUAAAGUGUACCUGAUACCUUAUGGACAAUUCACCAUGGACUUUGUUGAGCCAAAAGUUCACUGCAUCAGCCUGCAUGGCACCUUCUCACCCUCCAGUAGUUCCUGCAUCCCAUCAAGGUUUAUGAAGCUCUCUCAGUCCAUUGUCCUGGAAGCAGGCCAGGCUCUGUCAAUCCCUCCAGACUUUCCCCUGACUCACGUCUUCGCAGUCGCUCCGACUGGCAUCCCAACUGAGCCUUCGCCUCGGCCUCCGACCGCAGUGGACUCCUCAGCAGAGCUCAUUCUCCUGCAGCCUGCCCAGGCUGCUGCUGUAUUUAACAGCCGGAUCCAGACGCUGGGUCGCUAUGCUUUCAUCGUGCACUAUUACCAGCCCAACCACCCCACAUUCCCUGUGGAAGUGUUAAUCAACGGUGGGCGGAUUUGGCAAGGCCAGGCCAAGGCUGCUUUCUGCCCACAUGGAUACGGUUGUCGGAGCGUGGUGGUUUCCGAGAACCAGAUCAUCCUGGACGUUACGGAUAACGAGCUGACGGUGAUUGUUCGUGUGCCAGCAGGCCGGCAGCUGUGGCUGGAUUACAUCCUGGUGGUGCCUGAAGACAGCUACAGCUCCCAUUAUCUGCUGGAGGAACCCCUGGACAAAUCCUAUGAGUUUAUCAGCAGCUGUGGAGUCAAUAGUUUCUACAUCAAUCCUACCACAUCGUCCAAAUUCUGCAGGGACUCUGCCAUCUCGCUCUCUCUGUUCUACAACAAUGGAGCCCAGCCCUGCCGCUGCCACGAGGCAGGGGCCGUCAGGGGCCAGUGCGAGCUCUUUGGUGGGCAGUGUGCUUGCAAAUCCAACGUCAUCGGCCGAGAGUGUUCCCGGUGUGCCACCGGUUACUGGGGCUUCCCCAGCUGCAGGCCUUGUGACUGCGGGACCCGCCUGUGCGAUGAAGUGACGGGACAAUGCAUCUGCCCGCCGCAUACCAUCAAGCCAGAGUGCGUCGUCUGUGAGCCCCAGACCUUUGGCUGCCACGCCUUGAUUGGCUGUGAGGACUGCAAUUGUUCUCGUACAGGAGUCCAAGAACUGGCAGAGCCAGGAUGCGACGUGGACAGUGGCCAGUGCAGGUGCAAACCCAAUAUAAUAGGACGGCGAUGUGAUGUCUGCGCCUCUGGCUACUACCAUUACCCACACUGCCGGAGGUGUGACUGUCAUCAGGCAGGGACGGAAGUGAGCGUGUGUGAUCCGGUCACUGGGCAAUGUCACUGCAAGGAAAACGUGGAGGGUGUGAGGUGUGACCAGUGCCGCCUGGGGACCUUCUCUUUGGAUGCAAACAACCCCAAGGGCUGCACCAGGUGUUUCUGCUUUGGAGCGACCGAUCGCUGCCACAGUGCGGAGAAGUACCGAGUGGAGUUCAUCAACAUGAAUGGGUGGGUGUUACUGAGCGGAGACCGCCAAGAAGUGACCACCUCCCUGAGACUAGAGGAGGAGCUCAUUCAUGCGGACCUGAAGAACGUUCCCGAGGCCUAUCAGGAGCUCUAUUGGCACGCACCCAGCUCUUACCUUGGAGACCGGGUGUCCUCCUAUGGUGGAUACCUGCGGUAUGAGCUUCGCUCAGACACCAGAAGGGGCGAUGUGUUCAUUCCCAUGGAGUCCCGCCCAGAUGUCAUCCUCAAGGGAAACCAAAUGAGCAUCAUGUUUCUGGAAGGCACUUACCCUUCCCCUGGAGAGGUACACGAAGGCCGGCUGCAGCUCGUGGAGGGUAACUUCAGACACACGCAGACGCACAACCCAGUGUCCAGGGAAGAGCUGAUGAUGGUGCUGGCUAACCUAGAGCAGCUGCAGAUCAGAGCGCUCUUCUCCCAGCUCGCCUCAUCAGUAUCUCUGCGUCGGGUGGUCCUGGAGACUGUGACGGAGACCAGCGUGGGCAUCCGAGCCAGCAACGUGGAACUGUGCAUGUGUCCAGCCAAUUACAGGGGAGAUUCCUGCCAGGAAUGUGCUCCAGGUUAUUACAGAGACACCAAGGGUCUCUUCUUGGGAAAAUGUGUUCCGUGUCAUUGCAACGGCCACUCGGAUCAGUGCCUCCCGGGGUCUGGAAUAUGCAUUAACUGCCAACACCACACGGAGGGAGAUCGCUGUGAGCGAUGCAAAGAUGGUUAUGUAGGCAACGUCUCCCUCGACGGGCCAUUGCAGUGCAUGGGAUGUCCAUGUCCUCUUUCAGUUGCUUCCAACAACUUUGCCAUUGGUUGUGUCCACAAGGGCUCCACCAUGCAGUGUCUCUGCAAGCCAGGCUAUGCCGGAGCCAUGUGUGAACGGUGUGCCCCAGGUUACUAUGGCAACCCCUUAGUGAUUGGCAGUUCCUGCCAGCCAUGUGACUGCAGCGAGAACACGGAUCCCAACAUGUUGUUCAGCGACUGCGACUCUCUGACGGGCACCUGCACCGGAUGUAUGUACAACACGGCCGGGCCCCGGUGCGAAGUGUGCGCCCCAGGGUACCACGGAGACGCAGUGGGGGCAAAGAACUGCACAAGGUGUAACUGUUUGCCGUGCGGGACUGAGUCGUGUGACCCUAGAACUGGCCGAUGUCUCUGUAAACCUGGAGUGACAGGUCAGCACUGCGACUGCUGUCAGGAUGGGCACUACGGCUACAGUGGCUGCUCCGGCUGUCGAAAGUGUGACUGCGACAUUGGCUCCAUAGGCACCAGCUGCCACGCUGAGACUGGUCAGUGUAGCUGCCGGCCCGGGGUGACUGGUCUUCGAUGCCAGCAGUGCGCGCCAGGCUACUGGGGGCUCAGCGAGCGUGGCUGCACAAAGUGUCAGUGUAAGGGGGGCUCCUGCGACCCCCGGACUGGGGAAUGCACCUGCUCCCAUGGCCUGACGGGGAAGCAGUGUGACACCUGCAUAGAGAAGUAUGAGAUCCCUGUAGCAAAUGGCCCGGACAGCAUGAGGUGUGAAGUCUGUGACAGCUGCGUGCUGCUUCUGCUGGACGACCUCCAGAAGAUCGAGGCCUCUUUCCCCAGCAUCAGGAACCAGUUGAUCAACCUGAACGCCAGCUCCAUCGCUUGGGCCCGACUGCAUGGUCUGAACAGCUCUAUGAAAAACGUCACUAACCACCUGCGCGAAUAUCAGAGAUCCAUGAACAGGGUCAAGCAAAAGGCAGACGAGCUGGCAGACGAGAAUGCGGACCUCACUCAGGAUUUGAAUGCACUGCAGCACAAGGCAACAAUGACUCACAGAAAAGCAAAGGAUCUGCAGGGGCAGACAAAAGAGACCCAUCAGAGAGCAGAGCACCUGCCGAUUAGUAUCCAAGGCAUCCUGGAUAGCAUUGCGGAUUUGGUGCACCAGAUGGACAAGCUGGGCACUGCAGACCUCAGCACGGCCUCCUCUGAGGAGUUCUGGCAAAAGAUGGCCGAGGUGCAAAGGAUGCUGAAGGAGAUGAAGGAACGGGAUUUCCUCAGCCAGAAAGGCGUGGCGGAACAUGAACACGAGAAGGCUCAGAAAUUGCUCCAUCGCGUGAGGAGCGAGCUGUACAGCAAGUGGGAAUCCAACCAAGACCUGGUGAAGAGCAUCAAAGACUUACUGGCUCAAUAUAGCUCAGAGCUGAUGGAUCUCCGAGAUGCUCUCAAUGAGGCUGUGAACAAAACCAGGCAGACAGAGGACUUGAACAGCCUGAAUCGGAACAACCUUGAGGAGAUCCAGCGAAAGAGUAAGGAGCUGCAGAAGCAGUAUGGGGUGGUGCAGGACACUUUGCAGAUGGCUGAGGACUCCCUGGUCCAGGUCUCGGAUCUUCUACAGAUAAUAGAGAAUGCAAAGGAGGAGUACGAGAAGCUAGCCGCCCGGCUGGACGGAGCCAAGUACCCCCUGACAGAGCGGGUGAAGAAGUUUUCUCCCGCCAGCAGUAAGAUCCCCAUCGUCGAAGAAGCUGAGGAGCACGCUAGGUUCCUGGAUGAACUCGCUCGGAACCUUUCCAGCAGCAUCCAGGGUGCAAACCAGGAUGGGUUCAUCCAGCGAGCGAUCAAUGCCUCCAACGCAUAUGCCAGCAUCAUCGAGGCUGUGAAGAACGCAGAGAGGGCCGCCAAAGACGCUGACGAGGCAGCCGGUGAAGCUUUGACAAGUGUUGUAUCGGGAGAUCUUGGUGCCCUAUCUAAAGAGCUGAAGAAGAACAGCAGUGCCCUGGAGCAAGCCGUGAAAAGGGAGCAGAGGAAACUCGAUGGGGCUAUUAAAGGGACGCUGCAGGCAGCCAAGGACAAACUGACCGAUCUCCGAGAGAAGAAGGAGCAGCUCCUGAACCAGCUGCGAUCUGUACAGAACAUGCUGGACAAGGACCAAGAUAACACCACGGCAGUUAUUCAGAGUGCCAAGGCAGCAGCUGCAGCAGCCAAUGACACGGUUGCCAGGGUGGAAGAUACAUUGAGCAACAUGAAGAAGAACCUGGAUGAGUGGAAAGACCAGUAUGGAGACCUUAAAAAUGAAGACUUAAACCAGGCAGUUCAAGACGCCAAGAAGUCUGUGUCGAACCUGGAAAGCACCAUUCCGCUGCUGCUGGAGAAGUUGAGUGGCCUGGAGAACAGGAGGAAUAAGAAUUCCACUGUGUCCGAGAACAUCCUGCGAAUCCGCCAACUGAUCACGCAGGCCAGAAAUGCUGCUAGCAAGGUGAAGGUACCACUGAAGUUCAACGGCACCUCGGGCGUCCAGGUCCGGACUCCCAGUGACCUACAGGAUUUGUCGGCCUACACCUCCCUCAAGUUCUACAUCCAGAACCCGGAGCCCAAACCCAGGCAGCGGCGUCAGGACGGGGCCGACGCGGGACAGUUCGUAUUGUACCUGGGCAAUAAAGAGGCCACUGGAGACUACAUGGGCAUCGUGCUCAAAGACCGCAAGGUGCAGUGGAUCUAUAAACUUGGGGACGAAGAACCGACCUAUCUAACAAUUGACGAAGAGAUUGGAGAGCAGUUUGCUGCAGUCAGCAUCAACAGGAUCCUGCAAUAUGGACACAUGUCUGUGAUCGUGGAGAAGCAAACCUUGCACGAGACGAAAGGAGACAGCGUAGCCAAAGGAGAUCAGGGGCUGCUCAACCUCGAGCCACACAACGUGGUCUUCUAUGUGGGAGGCUACCCCGCCGGCUUCACGCCUCCAGUGACGCUGCGCUACCCCAGCUACCGGGGCUGCAUCGAGAUGGAUACGCUGAACGAGGAGGUGGUGAGUCUAUACAACUUCCAGCGCACCUUCCACCUGGACACAGCUGCUGACAAACCCUGUGCAAGGUCCAAAUCCACGGGAGAUCCCUGGCUGACAGAUGGCUCCUACUUUGAUGGUACCGGCUACGCAGAAAUUAAAUUUGAGAGCCAGAUCGGCUCGACCAAGCGCUUUGAACAGGAAAUUCGUGUGGUCUCUUACAACGGGAUUCUCUUCUUCUUGGAGCAUCAGGGCCAGUUCCUGUGCCUGGCUGUUCAGGACGGAAAGCUGGUGCUUUACUAUGACUUCAAGGAAGUCCUUGAGAUGGCAGCACCCAACAGUGACCCCACGUCUCUCAGCGUCAGCAGCACCACGAACAAAGCGAUCCAGAUUUUCCUCCUCACCCUGGGUUUCAAGCAGCGCAUCUUAGUGCGGCUGGAGCGACAGACCAUCUUCAUGGUGGAGCAGGAGAACUCCCUGGAGAAAGCCGUUUCCUACUACCUGGGGGGCGUGCCCGUGCCCCUGCUGCCCGAGAGCUUGAAGGCCAUCUUCCCCAAGGGAGGUUCAAUCCGGGGGUGCAUGAAGGGCCUGAAGGCGCUUGGCAAAUACGUUGACCUAAAGCGCAUGAAUACGGUCGGAGUGAGCUACGGAUGCACCUCGGACCUCUUGGUGGCCCGCUCAGUUAAAUUCCACGGCCACGGCUACCUGACGCUGUCUCUGAAGAACGUGCCCUCGUUGCAGGACUUCUACACGGGCUUCAGCUUCCGAACCAGCCAGAGCCACGGCCUGCUGUAUUCCCACUCCACAGCGGAAGGGAAUUGCCAGGUGUCUCUGAAGAAUGGCCGAGUAGCCGUGACAGUGUUGAAAACCGAACUCACCACAAAACAUGCCUAUGCGGACGAUGCCAGCCACUACGUCGCCAUCUACAACAAUGCCACGGGGGUUCGGCUUUACAUAGAUGAUCAACUCCAAGGGCCCAAGCAAGGAGCCGAUCGCUACAAGAGGCACAGGCGCCAGGAGGAGCAGAUGCUGUUUCAACUGGGUGGUUUGCCAGAGGCCGGCGCUCUUAGCAACCUGACGGGCUGCAUCGGGAAUGUCUUUGUGAAGCGGAAGUUAGACCCGCAGAUGGUUGUGGACCUGCAGCAGAACACAGAGAGCUUCAACGUGACCAUGAGCUGCCCAUGGGACCGGCAGCCACAGCAGAUGAGAGCGUCUCUGAAGAAAGACAGGCGGAAACUAAAGGUGCCAAGCAAGGCUGUAUUGAAAGACCAUAGGCAUUACCAGGACAGGACCUGCCAGUUACCCAGGCACCCCAAAGCCGCUAAAGGUGCCUUCCGGUUUGGAGGAUCCUCCACGAGCCAUGUGGAAUUCGAUGAUAUCCCAGCGUCCUUCCGUGAAAGGUCCCACUUCUCCAUGGACGUCAGGCUGAACUCAGCCAGUGGUCUGCUGUUUUAUGUGGCCAGCAAACUGCAGGGCUCCUUCAUGGCCCUCUUCGUCUCCAGUGGCCGCUUCGUGUUCCUGGCAGAUUUCCAUGGGAAUAAACUGAGAAUGCGGAGCAAAGACAAGUACCAUGACGGCAGGUGGCACACAGUCUUCUUCGGCAGGGACGGGAGCAGGGCUCAACUGGUCAUCGAUGGCCUGAAGGCUCAGAACGGCGUGGUGGCUGCCACUGGAGACUUUCUGGCCCAAAGCCCGUUUUAUGUGGGGGGAGCUCCUGCUGCGAAAGCCAAGGCUCACGUUCCAGAUACUUCUGUCCCCAGUUUUAGCGGCUGCCUGAAGAACUUGAAACUGGAUGGGAAACCCCUGGACUCCCCCUCUCGUGUGUUCGGAGUGACGCCCUGCUAUGAGGGGGCUCUGGAGAGCGGCAUCUUCUUCGCUGCAGAGGGUGGAUAUGUGACUUUAGCCGACUCUGUGGCGAUGGGUCGGGACCUGGAGCUGAGGUUGGAUGUCCGGCCCCGGAGUGCCUCUGGCCUGAUUUUCCACGUGGGCACGCAGAGAAAGCACUACCUCACUCUGUACGCAGACGACACACAGGUCACAGUGAAAGCAAACAGCGGGGCUGGGGAGUUCUCCACGUCGGUGGCCCGCCCGUCACUCUGUGAUGGCCAGUGGCACAGCAUAGCAGUCAUCCAAGGCAAACACGUGAUCCAGUUGGACGUGGACACAGAUGGAAACUACACGGUGGGACCCAGCCAGACUCGCUCAGCAAAUACCAAAGAGACGCUCUAUCUGGGGGGCGUGCCAGGAACUGCCACGCUGGAGGCUGCUUCGCCGUCCCUGCUCACUCCUCUUCCCCAUUACGUCGGCUGCAUAAGGAAUCUGGUGCUAAACCGGAACCCCGUUGACCUGUCACGAGCUGGGACUGUCGGGGGCUCGGUUGGCCUUACGGGCUGCCCCGUGAUUUAAAUAGUGUAAAGCCUGAACUAUGAAAAGCUGCACUACCCGCCAGGUGCCUUGCUGGGCCUAGACACUAAGCCUGCGAUCUCUUGUAGCCUUGACUAGCAGCUGCCAGGGACACGGGAGCUCCAGCAACUACGGUGAAGCCAUGGAGGUCCAAACCCAGAGAGGGUCUGAGCCUGCAGCUCCACGCUCUCUCUAUCACCUUAUCUUCAAUUGGUUUUGAUUAUUGGUGCCCCCUAAACCCCCAGCUCCAGUACGUAAGUGUUAGAGACAAGCCCCUAUUACCUGUGAGCCCUGGCUCUCGAUGCUUAGAACAGCAGCAUAGAAGGAGAGUGGGUAGAGGGCAGCUGUACAUCACCCCCAAACCCCCCCCCUCUGUUCACUUCACCUGACACGGGGUGUCCCUGCUGUGGGUGUGGGCUGGAGACUUUAAGUUACACACUGUUGUCAGAGGGGUAAGAACAGCCUUCGCUAAACCUGUCUCUCAGCAUGGUAGUUGGGCCUGUUGUUGCUACUGAGAUCUCCUCACUGUA